CCAACCCCCCGUCCCUCCCCCCGCGCCUCGGACCCCCCCCUCCCCCCCAGCUCCCGUCUUGUCUGCUCGCCGGGUCUGGCCAUGGGCUCCGCCGCUCGCCCAGCGCGGAGGUCGCCCCCGCCGCCGCCUCCGCCGCCGCCAUCGCCGCUGCUGCUGCUGCUGCCCCUGCUGCCGCUCUGGCUGGGCCUGGCAGGACCCGGGGCCGCGGCAGACGGCAGCGAGCCUGCGGCCAGGGCGGGGCGGGGCGGGGCCCGCGCCGUGAGAGUGGACGUGAGGCUGCCGCGACAGGACGCUCUGAUCCUGGAGGGCGUCAGGAUUGGCCCCGAAGCCGACCCAGCACCCACGCUGGGCGGUCGACUGCUGCUGAUGGACAUCGUGGAUGCUGAGCAGGAGGUGCCGGUAGAAGGCUGGAUUGCAGUGGCAUAUGUGGGCAAGGAGCAGGCGGCUCAGUUCCACCAGGAGAGUCAGGGCAGCGGCCCACAAGCCUAUCCUAAGGCCCUGGUCCAGCAGAUGCGGAGGGCGCUCUUCCUGGGAGCCUCUGCCCUGCUCCUUCUCAUCUUGAACCACAACGUGGUCCGAGAGCUAGACAUAUCGCAGCUUCUGCUCAGACCAGUGAUUGUCCUCCAUUAUUCUUCCAAUGUCACCAAGCUACUGGAGGCACUGCUGCAGAGGACCCAGGCCACAGCUGAGAUCACCAGUGGAGAGUCCCUGUCAGCCAAUAUCGAGUGGAAGCUGACCCUGUGGACCACCUGUGGCCUCUCCAAGGAUGUCUACGGAGGAUGGCAGGACUUGGUGUGCCUGGGAGGCAGUCGGGCCCAGGAGCAGAAGCCCCUGCAGCAGCUGUGGAACGCCAUCCUGCUGGUGGCCAUGCUCCUGUGCACAGGCCUUGUGGUCCAGGCCCAGCGGCAGGCAUCAAGGCAGAGCCAGCGGGAGCCCGGAGGCCAGGUGGAUCUGUUCAAGCGCCGUGUGGUGCGGAGACUGGCAUCACUCAAGACCAGGCGCUGCCGUCUGGGCAGGGCAGCACAGGGGCCCCCAGAGCCUGGUGCUGAGACCUGCGCUGUGUGUUUGGACUACUUCUGCAACAAGCAGUGGCUCCGGGUGCUACCCUGUAAACAUGAGUUUCACCGAGACUGUGUGGACCCCUGGCUGAUGCUCCAGCAGACUUGCCCGCUGUGCAAAUUCAACGUCCUGGGGAACCGCUACUCAGAUGAUUAGCUGCCACAGCUGGGUCUCUGCACAUGGGCAAGGGACCCUCCUGCCUUCACCCUGGCCCUAGGCCUGGGCUCGUGGAACAGAAUAGCAGAUGGAUAGGAAGCUCUGCCGGUGGGAGGAAGGAUAGGGGCCUCCCCUGCUAGGGGGCAAGGUGCCCCAUCAUAUUCAUACUGGGAAGGAGGGACCACAGCCCCCAGUUAAGGAUGCAGGGUCUGGACCUGCCAGUCAAGAGGGAAAAGCCACUUUGGGGCCCUUCUCUGCCAUCCUGGGGUGUCUGUGCCUGCCCUCCCCACAGGCAACCCCCAUGACCUGGGAUGGGGACCCUGGGAAAGAGGGUGUGGGGCGGUACAGCUGUUCCCAGGGCUCUGGCAUCUCUCUGACCUGCCGGUCCGGGCAUCCCUGGGGGCUGAGGCUGCAGUGGCUGGCCCGGCUUUGUGCUUAUUUAUUGGGGUUUGGAUUGCGGGAGGAGCUGCUGGCCUUGGGGACACCCUGGCCUGACCGCCUUUCAGGACACAUCUUGGUCAAGGCUGUGAUGGUCAACCCAGAGGCCCCUCCGCUGAUACUGCCCUCAGCCCUUGAACACUGGGAGGUGUGAGUGCUACCGCCUGUCCGGCUGGGCUCCCUUCCAGGCCUGGCUGGGACCAGAGGCCUCAGGAGCCAUCCAGUCCUGUGCUUCUUAGCUGGGCUACACGUGGCUGACCAGGAUACUUGAAGCUGCAGGAUAAAUGUGGUGCAUCUUUUAGGGGCAGCCGGUUUUUUUAGAUUUGGGGUAGGAGAGGUUUAAUAAUGAAGUAAACAUGGAUAUAUUUUAACAUAA